CCAAUUGUCACGGGCUGUACUAAAGCAGUUCUCCCGCUCCUUUUUUCCUUCCUCUUGUCUGUUGGUAUAAAUCAGUAUAAACUAUAUUUUCUCGAACCCUAAAAUAAUUUACAAAAAUCUGACACUUGUUACUGCCUCUUCAUCAAAGAAGAAAUCACACUCUGUAACCAUGACGUUUUGGGGUGUUGAGGUUAAAAGUGGAGUGCCACUUGCAGUUGAAAGUGGUGGUGAUUUCAUGGUGCAUCUUUCACAGGCGUGCCUUGGCGAGGUCAAGAAGGAUAAGGGAAAUGAUUCUGUUAUUCUGUCUGUGAAGGUUGGUGAUAAGAAGAUUGUUAUUGGAACACUUUCUUCGGAAAAGUUUCCUCAUUUAACUUUCGACCUGGUCUUUGAUCAAGACUUUGAGCUUUCCCAUAACGGGAAACAUGGAAGUGUAUACUUUUGUGGUUACAAGAUGCCGAAUCAAAGUACUGAUGAUGUUACAGAUUCUGAGACUGAAAUAGAAGAGGAUCUUCCAGUUGCUACCAAUAAUGGGAAACCUGCAUCAGAAACUAAGAAACCACAGCCUCCGACAGAAAAUUUAAUAGCUGAAGGUAAGCGAAAGGUGAAAAUUGUAGAACCAAAGAAAGAUGACGAAUCUGAGGAAGAGACUGAUGAUAGUGAUUAUACAAGUGGUGAUGAGGAUGACUCGUCCGACGAGGAUGAUUCUGGUGAUGAUAAGGAAAUUAAAAUCAUUGGCAAUGGCAAGAAUGAUGAGGAUGCUGAAAGUGACAAUGAAGAUGAUGAAAGUGACGAUGAAGAUGAAGAAAGUGAUGAUGAAAGUGACGAGGAGGAGGCACCAAGGGUGUUGAAGACUGAACAGGGGAAAAAGAGAUCAGCAGAAUCCUCAAAGAAUACCCCACCCCCUGAAAAGAAGGCCAAAUUUGUUACUCCUCAAAAGACUGACGGGAAGAAGGCUAGUGUUCAUGUAUCCACACCUCACCCUUCAAAGAAAAUAUUAAAAACUCCUGCCAGCAGUGACCAAAAGGAGCAGACUCAGAAAUCUGUCAGCUGUAAAACUUGCAGCAGGACAUUUGGUACAGACGUUGCUUUACAAUCUCAUAAGAAGGCGAAGCACAAUGCUGUAUAAAAGUGAAGAAUGGGUGGAUUAAUUUUUCUGCCUUGGUGUUUUUGGGUUGGUUGUUGUAAAUGUGAAAUGAGAGGGCAGCCUGGUAGAUUAUCUUGGGGGGUUUUGUUGGAUAUUCUGUGAAUUGGUAUUAUGCAAUUUAGAAAUUGGAUGGAUUUGACAUUUUAAAUGACUUGGCAUAUAUAUUAUAGUGAAUUGCAUUUGUUGCAGAAGCUUAAA